CUGGCCACUGUUUACACGACACCAACAGGAUGGCGGAAGGCUGCUAUCAGGAUGGUGCUAUUGCAUUAUUUUAUGGUGGUGGAGGAGAUGCAAGCUGGUGGGGCUGGAUACAAAGUGCAAAAGAAAAGGUAGUUACACAGUCUUCUGAGGUACUGGAGUUUGUGAAGAAGGACAUUGAUGAAUUUACUAAGGUUGUUUCAGAAGAAGCUUCUUCUAUGGUUUCUUCUACAGCUACCACAUUAAAGGAAAAGCUAAGACUGGAUGAGGAUGACAGCACUGCCAAUUCAAUGAAAAGUGUAAGUGGCUUCUUGAACCAUGUAGCAGAAGUUUUCACCCCCCCUCCAGAUGAUGGAGACCAGGAGGCAAUUGUAAUUCGCAAUCAACAGCCUGUUAUACUAAAUAGGCUGCAGGCAGCCAUAUAUGCAGUGUCCCAAGAUGCUGCCACAUAUUUAACUGACCCUGAAGGAGAGGAGGCACAGUAUGAGACCUGGCUCUCAACAUUUGAUUUAGAGUCACGUCAGACAGAACUCUCAGACCUUCUUGUUAAUAACCAGCCACUCAGACAUCAUUACACCACUCUUGUUCCUGCUCAGGUUUCACAUGUGGUGUUUUGGCACCGUUACUUCUAUAAGGUUAACCAGUUAGAGGCAGCUGAAGAAAAGAGAAAGAUUUUGAAGGAACGAGCAGAGAAAACCAGCGCUGAUCCUGACCUAGUGUGGGAUGAAGAUGAGGACUUUGGAGGAGACGUAGAAAUUCCAGAGGAGGUACAAGCCCAGCUCCUAGAAGACUACGAGAGAGAAUGUGAAGAGAAUAACAGAAAAAAGUCUGGUACUGACAGUACAGUGUGUGAUAAAACUCAAAUGCCAUCAGAUAAGGAAGCAUCUAUUUCUUCAAAGAAAAAUUCAGUUCCGUCUGAAAUUCAGUCAAAUACUGGCAUAAAAUUAUUAGAAGAGUUGAAAGUGGAUUUAAGUAAAACUUCAGAGACAUCCAGUAAGCCCUCACCCUCAUCAACAGAAAGCAAUGAAGAUGAAUGGGAAAAGGUUGAUGCAACAGAUGCAACAAGUGCACAGACUCCUCCUUCAUCCUCUUCUGCCACAAAGACUACCAAAGAAGAAAAGCCUGAGGAACAAAAGAAUGAAGAUUGGGAGAGUUGGGACUGAAAAGUGAGACAUGGAUAACUUGCCAGCCAUCUUCAUAUAUGCUGUAUCUAUAUUAAGGCUAGAAAUUGCACUUCAAACAGAUAUGCCUUGUGGUUUGAUUGCAUCUUCAUAUUUUUUUACUAACAUAUAAUACAUGAUAGAAAUCUUGCUAUCAUCUAAUAAACUGUAUUUAUUGAUGUAAGAUUAUUUUUAUCUAUAUCAAUAUUUAAUUCAUGAAAAUGCUCUUGAGUUAGAAUACUGUAACAAAAUAAAAUCAGGAACUGUUUCA